CCCUGAUCUCGCCGCGCACAGCUCCUGUGAUAGCAGUCGGCGACGACCAAUCAUCUACCACCACCAUCACCACCAUCACCACCAACUGGAAGGCUAGGCAGUUGGCAUCUUCCGUGUCACUAUCGGACACAAGGUCUUCUUCGCUCUGAGCGAGGCUGACGCGCGCCAUUGUGAAGGGGGCGGGUCCUUUCCGCUCAGAGAGCUCGCCGAUCAAACCCUUUUGACCUAAGCGGGAACACGAAUAUUCACGAGAGACGAGUGUUAUGCACCGCCGUGCUUGAAAGGAGGAAGUUCACGGCUCAUCUUGUCCCCAGGCCCUUGCAUAUUGGUGGGGUUCCCAAAAAAAGGUGGACCGAUCAGCGGGAACAUCUAGCGAUUCCUUUUUGGAUCCUUUCAUUCUCUCACCAUCUGUGCUAAAACCAUGUCGGUGGCCAAUAUGACUGCCGGCGAGCCAUCAUCCACUCGGUCUCUUACAUCCCUCAUCGCUUCAUCGUCACCGCACGCUGGAUCUUCAUCCUCGACCUCACGUUCCGUCUUCCCCACCGACGAGACCAUCACGUCGCUCUUGUCAUCUCGAGCACGAUUGGAUUUACCGUACACUCGAGUGGGAUCCAGCGGGACGAGCUAUGUUGUUGUCAACCCCUUGCGCAUGCUGGAGUCCUUGGGUGAAGCGAGUGAAAAGGAAUAUGAGAGGGACGUAGAGUCUGUCGACAGUGAAGUCCACUCACGUCCGCAGCCUCACGUGUAUGAGCUGGCAGGGAGGGCUUGGAUGUUGAUGCAUAGGCGGAAAGAGUCACAAAGUAUCCUAUAUCACGGAGCCACCGGGUCUGGGAAAUCCACUGCAUCCCGUCACGUCACUUCCCAGAUCCUUCGACUGGCCUCUCAUACCAAAGCUCAACGCCGCAUCUCCGACCAGAUCAAUUACGUCUUUACCCUUCUGGAAUCCUUUGGACACUCCAAAACACCCCUCAACCCAUCUGCGUCGCAGCAUUCCAAGUAUCUCGAGUUACACUUUGCAUCCGACGGUUCUGUGUGCGGUGCGAAAGUUCUCCCAUUUGGUCUGAACAAAUCCCGACUGGGACGUCUACACCAUGAUGAAAGGUCCUUUCACGUCUUCUAUCAACUCUUGGCCGGAGCCUCACCAGGGGAACGGGACGCUUUGGAUUUAGAGGACCCAUCAAGCUAUGCAGUCCUAGCUCAGAGCGGAUGUUAUCGAUUACCUGGAGGUCUGUUCUCAGAUGACGCAGCGCAGCUUGGUGAACUCCGAGCGGCAUUUGCUUCGCUUGGGUUUAAAUCGAAGCAUGUCCAGUCCAUCUUUUCCCUCCUCACAACCAUCCUCCUCUUGUCCAAUCUCACAUUCGUGGAUGACAGGCAAGGAUCCCUGGGGAUGACAUCGAUCGACGAGAGUGCUCGGGCGGAGGAUCAAGUACUGCUCGCGACCGUCGCUCGACACUUGGGCGUUCACCCUGACGAGCUAGAAAAGGUCCUCGUCAAUCGAACCCGGUGGAUUCGACACGAUCUCUGCUCGAUGAUCCUCGAUGUGGACGGAGCUUUGGCACAGCGAGAUGCCUUGAUCAAAGAUUUGUACGCCAUAUUGUUCACGUUUGUCGUGGAAAUGGCGAAUCGAAAGCUCGCCCCGCCCAAUGACGCUGCCCCAGAAUUACAAAUUGUACAGCUGGAUGUCCCAGGGUACCAAUCUCGUACUGUCGACGCCAGACUCAGCGCAUACACCCCUUUAAUCAACGCUCAGGGGUCCAAUGGGUUCAACGAAUUCAGUGCCAACUUUAUCAACGAGGUCGUCCAUUCGUACCUUGUUCAGAGGCUCUUUGAGGAUGAUUCGAGCAUGGGGCCUGAUGGUUUACCCCAUGUAUCCGUCAUGGACAAUGGCUGUCUCGAGCUGCUGCGAGGUGGUCUGCUCGGUUCAUCCAGGCUAUCGCGAACGCCAGGCGGCAUGCUGGGAGUCGUCAAUUCGCAAAGCCCGGAAGACUCUGCCGACCAUUUGGUCGGACAAUUUGACGCUUCAUUCAUCCGUUCAGCAUCUUACAUCUCAAGCCCGCCGGAACUUUCAAAGCGAUCCUUCGGUAUCAAUCAUUACUCUGGGUCUUGCAUCUAUGAUGCCUACGACUUUGUCGAGGCCAACUGCGACACCCUCGACAAGCAGCUCGUAGACCUUCUGAGAUCAUCCUCGGAUCCAUUUGUGUCGAAGCUGGUAUCUGGGCCAGGCUUGGCAACGGAAGGUCAUCCAAUGGACGCAAGCAUCACUGUCCAAGCGCAAGUGUCAGUCACCCCACUGCGAACUCCGACUCAAAUUGUCAACCCUGUCCGAGGAGCCAAGCAAUCUGAUGCUGAUUGGCCGAUUGACACGGCUGUGCCACAACCCGUCACCACUCAGAUCAACGCCACGCUCAGCACUCUCCUAAACCAGAUCGAUAGCACGAGAGUAUGGACAGUAGCUUGUAUCCGGCCGAACGAUUCUGGCCAUCCCAAUUCGUUCGACAAGCGAAGGGUCAAAAUUCAAGUCAAGGCAUUGCUGCUUCCCGAACUUGUCAAUCGCAACGAAUUCGAUUACGUUGCAGACAUCUCCCUCACCGAUUUUUGUCAACGCCAUGCCGUCGAGCCAGACGGCGUUCACAAAUUUGCUGAAUCGUAUGGAUGGUCAAAGAGCGACUAUCAGAUCAGCAAGUCGAGGAUUUGGCUCUCAUGGGACGCCUGGAAGAUGCAAGAAGACAUAAUUCGACGCGCAGAAGGGACACCUUACGGUACCACAACCGAAACGUUCGUCUCUGACGAUGAGCCCAAGCGGGGGUCGUACCUUGGUGUGGCCGGCCAGACCAUGGACGCAAGCACUGAUGAUUUGCUCUUGAAGCGUAGUACGACAUCAGGAGAUGUAUACUCGCCCAAUACGCCCGGCGAGGUCGAGUACAAAGACUAUCAGGCGACUCCAGACUUCCCUACCAAUCAGCACCUCUACUCGGAUACCAAGACAUCCAUGGUCUCGCCAAUCUACAAAGAAGAUGACCCGCUACAUAGUCGUGACGCCGGGGAUAUGAUUGUCCAUGAAAAGAAGCAUCAAGCUACAGAGGUCAUCGCGACGACGACAGCUAGACGCUGGUGGCUUCGGAUCACAUGGAUGUUGACAUGGUGGAUUCCAUCGUUCCUCUUGUCAAGCAUUGGAGGUAUGAAGCGAGCAGAUGUGCGCAUGGCCUGGAGGGAAAAGCUGGCCAUUUUCAUGAUGAUCAUAAUGAUGUGCGGAGUGGUCUUGUUCUAUAUCGUCGGGUUUGGACUGCUCCUGUGCCCUGACAGUGACAAGGCUUGGAACCCUACUGAGCUGUCUGAGCAUGCCGGAACGGACGACUAUUAUGCUGCGAUUGCUGGCAAAGUCUACGAUUUUACAAACUUUUACAAAGGCCAACAUUCCGAUAUCAAGGCGUAUCCUACAUCCGCGACGAUUAUGCUAGAAUUCGCUGGACAAGAUCUGACUCACUACUUCCCCAUGCCCAUGACGUUGGCUUGCCCGAAUCUAGUGACCAACAAUCAGCUCUCACUUUUGGCUGCCAACUUCACUCCGCUUGUCGAUUAUGCUAUACAUACCAGCGGAGCCCAACAACAGACACAGAAUACCAAGCUAGACAGCCCGACAUGGUACACUGAUACCUUGAUGCCUGAUCUCGUGCAGUACUAUAAGGGAAGCUUUGUGUACGACAAGCAGUAUAUCCUGAACCAAGCGGAUGGCUCGCAAAGACAAUGGGCAAUCUACCAACAAAAGGUCUACGACCUUUCCGACUACCUCUACACUGUCCAGUACUACUCUUCGUCUUCAGGGACCGACUUGCCCAACUAUGGAUUUUUCAACAGUGAUUUGAGCGGACUUUUCCAGACGCAAGCUGGCCAGGAUAUCACUCAAGCGAUGAAUGCCAUUUUGGCAAAGAUGUCAACUGAGGAUCAGCAAAACACCAUGGAGUGCUUGAACAAUGCCUUCUACGUCGGAGAGCUCGACUAUCGUAGAUCCGCUCGAUGCACCGUUCAGAAUUACCUUUUAUUGUCUUUCUCCGUUAUCCUCAUGACGGUGAUUGGUUCGAAAUUCCUCGCCGCCCUACAGCUCUCAUCAAAGCGUCAACCAGAGCUGCUCGACAAGUUCGUCAUUUGUCAAGUCCCUUGUUAUACCGAGGGCGAGGAGUCACUCAAGCGUACAAUCGACUCGCUGUCUGUGCUCAAUUACGACGACAAGCGGAAACUCAUGUUCAUCAUUUGUGAUGGAAACAUCAUUGGAUCAGGUAACAAUCGACCGACGCCGCGAAUCGUCCUGGAUAUCUUGGGUGUCGAUCCAAAGCUUGACCCGGAACCUCUCUUGUUCAAGAGUGUAGGGGAGGGCAGCAGGCAGCUGAAUUAUGCCAAAGUCUACUCUGGUCUGUAUGAACACGAGGGACAUGUGGUCCCCUACGUUGUCAUCGUCAAGGUCGGUAAACCUACUGAAACCUCGAAACCCGGAAAUCGUGGAAAGCGAGAUUCUCAAGUACUUCUCUUGCAGUAUCUCAACCGAGUCCACUUUGAUGCUGCCAUGUGUCCACUGGAGCUGGAGAUUUAUCAUCAGAUGCGAAAUGUCAUUGGGAUCGAUCCGACAUUCUACGAAUACAUCUUCCAGGUUGAUGCGGAUACAACUGUCACACCUGAUUCUCUGAACCGAUUGAUUGCCUGUACGGCGGACGAUCAACGAAUUAUCGGGAUCUGUGGGGAGACAAAGGUAGAGAACGAGCGAGAGUCCUUGACCACGAUGAUUCAGGUCUACGAAUACUACAUCUCGCAUCAUCUCACCAAGGCGUUUGAAUCUCUCUUUGGUUCCGUCACUUGUCUGCCUGGAUGUUUCUCUGUCUACCGAAUACGUACCGCAGACAAGGGUCGACCCGUUAUCAUUUCCUCCCUGGUCAUUGACGAGUACGCUGAGCCAAACGUCGACACGCUGCACAAGAAAAACCUAUUCUCACUGGGUGAAGAUCGAUAUCUCACUACCCUCAUGAUGAAGCAUUUCCCUACAUUCAAGCUCAAAUUCACUCCCGACGCAAUUGCUCAUACCAUUGCCCCGAGCCGAUGGAACGUUCUGCUCAGUCAACGUCGACGAUGGAUCAACUCGACCAUUCACAAUCUAGCAGAACUCAUGUUCUUACCUGAAAUGUGUGGCUUUUGCUUCUUCUCUAUGCGAUUCGUGGUAUUCAUUGACCUCCUCGGAACCAUCAUCUUGCCAGCAACGUGUGCCUAUCUCAUCUACCUCGUCGUGAUCGUUUCGACUGGCAAAGCCGCUAUACCCGUCAUUUCGCUGGCUAUGAUUGCGAGUGUGUACGGACUCCAGGCUCUUAUCUUUAUUUUGAAGAGGGAGUUCAUGCUGGUUGGAUGGAUGGUACUUUACAUCCUGGCUUUCCCGGUAUACUCGGUCUUUCUGCCCCUCUAUUCAUUCUGGUCAAUGGAUGACUUUAGCUGGGGUAAUACGCGUAAAGUGGUUGGGGAGGGUAACAACAAGACGGUGGUAUACGAUGAUGAUGAGCCAUUCAGCGACUCGUUGAUCCCUUACAAACGAUUCAAAGAUUACGAAUCAGGCGCUUGGGAGACUGGUUCAAUCCACUCGGAGAAAUCACGGGCCACCUCCCACACUUCCAACACCCGUACGAGUCGAGCUCGUCCGAGACCUGGACCAGCAAGUGCAUACUCCCAGGGAUCUGAGUUGCCCCCUGGUGCCGACUACUGGCGGGACGCCUCACCUCUUGGUCCAUCACAUUCUUCGCGUAAUUUGCAAAACAUGACGUCGGGCUCAAAUCUUCGCCAAUCCAUGUCGAAUCCUUAUCUCGUACCUCAGCAUACGGGUGAAUUACCACGUCCACGCGUGACAUCCAUGGCUGGGUUGAGCAUGUGGGGUCCAGGGUCAGACUAUGGAGGACCUACCGGAUCACCCUAUAUGGCACCUCUUCCCGUGCCUAGUAAUCCGUUCGACUCGCCUGCAAUAUCCGACUAUGGUGGUGCAGGGCUGAGACCGCCGACUGUAUUUUUACCGUACCAGGUUCCAGGAUUCUUGUCUGGCAACCCAGGACCACCGAGAAACUCGGUCAUGUCGGGUCUGAACACGUUUGCAUCGGGCGGGCCGAUGCUCGAGAACAGAGGAUCAACCUAUUCCCUCGCGACCACUGCGAAUCCGUUUGGCGGCAUGGGUGGUGAACCUCCGCCCACAACAGAUACGGACGCGGAACCGUCCGACGACAAGGUACUGGACGUACUGAGGAGGUAUCUAGCUUCUCAAGAUCUGAUGAGCAUUACGAAACGACAGACUCGGGAAGCUUUAUACGGUCUCUUCCCUAAUGCCGAUCUGGCCUCACGAGCCGCAUGGCUGAAUCAGAACAUUGAUCAAAUCUUGUCGUCCACAUAGACGACAACGAGGACACAUGAUGACAUACUUUACACGGACUUUUUCUGCUCACAAUACUCCAUGAUUUCUCUCUGUAUCGUAUGACUCUAUUGCAUGGCAUUUGGUAUA